UGUCUCGCUCUUAGCAUGUCCCAUGUGUAUCUCCUAGUAACAUGGUGGCCAUCGUUACCGCGGAAACGGUGGUGUAUUGGUGAUGCCUCCAGGGGUAUAUAUACACCGAGCGCUGCGGGGCUUGAUAAACACUUGCCCAUCAGCGAUUACUGCUGCAGCAUGUAUACGUCAUUGGUAAUUAUCGUCACGCUGGCAGCAUACGCUGCAUCGGCUCCAGCUCCAGCGGAUGAACCAAUACCAAUCGUCAGCCAAAGUCAGGAGGGUCCAAAUCCGGAUGGAUCGUACAAAUGGAGCUAUGAAAGUGGAAAUGGUAUUAAGGCCGAGGAACAAGGACAACUGAAGAACGCUGGCUCGGAGAACGAAGCUAUGGAGGCACAAGGUGCAUUCAGUUAUCCGAGCGACGAUGGCCAACAAAUAUCUUUGACUUACACAGCAGAUGAGAAUGGAUUCCAACCAGUUGGUGCACACCUUCCGGUACCACCGGAAGUUCCGGCUUUGAUACAGAAAGCACUCGAGUGGAUAGCAGCACAUCCCUCGAAAGACGACGAGAACAAUCUGUAACACGACGAUCUAUAACGCCAGUGUGAUCUCACCAGCUCCUUUUUAAAUAUUAUUACGAUCGAGAUAAAACGACGAUCUUUUUAGCCCGAUGAUGAGUUUAAUCCGUCCACGCGACGCCGCCGUCUCGCCGCACUUAUCUUCGUUUUUCCGUUUCCUCUUUCUCUUUCUUUUUCUUUCUAUCUUUCUAUUUUUCUUACUUCUUCUCCACGUUUUUUUUAUUCCCUCCAUUCUUCUAGACUUCCGACCUCGAACAUGGACUACUCUGGUUCAAUUUGUUGUAAAUAUUUAUUUGUACGUCUAUGCGAUACUAUACAAUAUAUAUAUAUAUAUUAUAUAGAAUACAUACAUAUAUAUAUAUAUAUUAUACGUAUGUACACACACAGACACACACAGACACGCACAUAUAUAUGAAACACUUAUAUAUCUACUUAAUAGCAAACCGAUGUAAUUAACUGUCGUUAAGUAUAUCAAAGUGCGUUUGAGAAUAAAUGUUGCAUCCCAGGAGAAA